AGCAGCCAGCGCGGCCCCCGCGCUCCCUCACCACGGCGCAGAGGGGGAGUUUCUCCUCCUUUGUCUGUUCCCGGCGAGAGCAGCCGCCAGGGAAAGGCCUCGGCAGGAGCCGCAGAGGACGGCGGCCGAAGUCCCCUCUGCCCCGGUACAGCCGCGCUGGGAACGAUCCCGCCCCGCCACGGGCAGUGAUCCCAAGGGAGCCAAGCUCUUCAUGACGGAAACCCGACCAGGGAGCGUCCGGAGCGGGGACGGCAGCUGCGCCUGGGGACGGGGAGGACGGCAGCACUGGGGACAAGGACACCCGCGCCCUGUCCCCCGCUCCUCGCCAGCUGCCGGCCAUGGGAAACGGCAUGAGCCAGAUCCUCCCCGGCCUCUACCUUGGGAACUUCAUCGAUGCCAAAGACCUAGAGCAGCUAAGCCGGAACAAGAUCACCCACAUCGUUUCAAUCCAUGAAUCUCCCCAGCCGUUGCUGCAGGACAUUACCUACCUCCGCAUCCCCCUGCCUGACACCCCCGAGGCCAAUAUCAAGAGGCACUUCAAGGAAUGCAUCAGUUUUAUCCACCAAUGUCGCCUGCAUGGAGGGAACUGCCUCGUCCACUGCCUCGCCGGCAUCUCCCGAAGUACCACCGUGGUUGUCGCCUACGUCAUGGUCGUCACAGAACUGAGCUACCAGGAGGUGCUGGAUGCCGUCCGAACCAUCCGGCCUGUUGCCAACCCCAACCCUGGCUUCAGGCAGCAGCUGGCUGAGUUCAACGGCGGCGCAGCCCGCAAGGUCCGCAGGCACCUGAAGCAGAGAUAUGGGACAUCCCCUUUCAAUGACGAAGAAGAAAUAAAGGCCCUGUUGCCAGCAGGGAGAGGAGGACCAUCCAGGACAGAGGGAGCUCUGCAAGGACUGGUCCCAAGAGCCAGAGACAUCAGGAGCACAACUCCCUUCCUGCUGCGGGUAAAGAGGACGUUCUCCUGCAUCCCAGCUUGUCUGAAGUGACCCCGGCCAAGGGAGAGCGGCGAGAAUCACCCAACAGCCUGGGAGAGACAAAGGAGCCGCAGCGCAGGGGGCCGGGGGAGCACUGCACAGGGGAGCUGCUUCAAGGCCAGCUCCUUCUUCUCUUCUGGGGUGCGAGCGUGCCGUCCUCUGUCCUGUCUCUCAGCUGUCGGGGAGGGAUUCAUGUGCACUGCCGGGCUCUGCAGUGCUCAGUGGGCUCAGUCUCUUCGUGUCCAGCGUAUUGGGGAUGCCCGGCAAAAGGGCAGCUGACAGCCCCCAGGUCACCGCAGGCUUUUGCUUGGGACAGUGACAGAGGGGGUCUCUCCUGCCACAGGGCCAGCACCCAGGCGAUGCCAGCAGCAGCUUUAGCACUUGGGUACCCACUGCACGGGCCCUGGGGUGCACAGGGUGCGGGAGAGCCGGCGCUCCCCUCGGAGCGGUUUUCCCACCAGCAGCACAAGCUCCCAGAGCCAAGGUGGCUGCGGAGCAGGGGCAGACGGAUGGAGCAGCAGGUAAUGCCACUGCACUGGCUCCCAGGCAAGGGUCCAGCUCCAGCCCUGCCAAGCACAAGCCCUGAACAAGCACUGUAGCUUUAGGAGUCCAUUGCACCCCAUUCCCAUCCAUCCCAGGGCACAAUCUUUAAAAGGUGGGAACUAAGCAUUUAACCUGGCCAGACCUCACUAAAACAGAGCCUUAAGCCAUUUUGCUUAAAGACUUUCUAUGUCCCCCCAGUAAUAAACACCUCUUCUCCAAGGUCUGCCUGGGGCACAGCCUGACUCCCCUGCGAUGGCCAGAUCAGAAGGGGGACACGGAGGAGGAAGGUCCCAGCAUGGGGCAGGUCUGGAGGCUGCUGCUGGUGGCUCUCUGCAGCCCGGGGAGGGGUGGGGAAGGAGUGCAGUGGGCUGGGGACACUGGCAUGCCCACACAGGGGACCACCCUCCUGCCCUAUGGGAAGGUUACAAGAGAGGCCAGAAACCCAGGUGCCACAGCAAGGCUCUCUGUGGGGACAGGGUCCACUCCAGGAGAGCUCAGGCACUCACGUGGAGCCUGUUUCACUGCAGCCUCUUCACUCACCUGAGAUGGAGCCUCCCAAGAGCACUGUGUCCAAGAGCUGGCUGGCUUGGAGUACUGGGAGCCUGGCACCAGCUGGAUAUCACAAGUCCCAGCUCCUCCCCAGACUUGUCCUAUUUACACCUUUCCCUGAGGCAGAGUCACAGGUGAGGAAGAUGGUGGGGAUGCCCAGCUGGGUCAUCAGCAACUCCCCUGCUGGGAGCCAAAGCAUGAUUCUGGGUCCUCCCAAUCCCUGCCAUCCCUCUCCCACAGGGGACAGUGUCCCCCAGGGGCCAGAAAGGGACAGGGACAGGCACCUGCAGGGAGUUUUCCAGCUCUGCAUUGGACAGGGUGCCAGGCACAGGGUCCCAGAGUGAAAGAGCUUCCUGGGGAGUGGGGACUGCCUCUGCCCUGGCUGCUUCCAGGAGACAUCAGCAUGGGACACGCCAUGUCCAUCAGUAAUUAAUAAUUGCUCGUUCGCUUCUGCGUGGCAGCUGUGGCUGAAGAUGAGCAUCCCAGGGGCCCCUUGGCACCCGCUGUGCCCGUGCUCAGGCGGUGCGGGCCCCCUGCACCAAGAGUGCUGCAUGGGGUGCGCGGAGCAGCAGAGGCAGGAGGCUGGUGGCUGAGGUGGCGUUGUAGCCACCACCCCAGGCUGGUGUGCCAUGCCAUGCUCCACCUUUCGGUGCCCUAAACCUCCCCUUUCAUUUACAUUAGGGUAAUUUAGGAGGGUGCUGCAGCAGCUGCUCCUCCUGGAACCCAGAGGUUCCUGUGUAAACAGCCCCUUGGCAGGACCCACACACCCACUCCUUUUCCACCUCCACAGAGCUUCGGGGCCGUGGUUCCUCCUGCUGCCAGCACCUGGGUGCUGCCUUGGGGUGACCCAGGUGGGCUGGGAGCCUGACUCCCACCUUGCUGAGCCCACAGAGUAACCGGGGGUUCAUCAUCCUCUGCGGCUCCUGCACCCUCUGCAGUGGGGUCCCCCUCUCCUCCCAGCUCCUGCCAGGCUGCUCCCCCAACUCCCUCGCCCCCAGACCACAGCUCUCCAGUGCCCUUUGCCCCCCCAGCACCCAGCAGGGUGAUGGCCCUGCACCCCAGGACCACACACGUGGGAUGGACAUGCACCUCGUGCAUGGCUGCACUCGCCCUUCAGCCCCACACCAGGGUAUGCUGUGUGGAGGCAUUUACACCCAGGAUUUCCCUGUUCACACUGUAAACCCAUGGCAAGGCUGAACACUGGGCAAUGGCACCUU